CGUUUUUUUCACACCAGCAGGGACACUGUGCACCCACAGAGAGAUUCACCAUGGCCUCAGCACUGAAUUGCACACCCUUUAUGUUGUGUUUCAUUUAUUUUUCGAUACUGUUUGCCAGUGUAUUUUGCGACGCUGAUGCAGAAGAAGAUGAGCAUGCUAAGCACACGUACACGGUUGAGAUGUUUAACGAGGCGGUGCCCACUGCACCCCACUUUGUCAUGUUUUUCGCCCCAUGGUGUGGCCAUUGCCAGAGGUUACAGCCAGCGUGGAAUGACCUGGCAGACAAAUACAACAGCAUGGAUGACCCCCCAGUGUAUGUGGUAAAAGUAGACUGCGUCCAGGAUACCAAGUUCUGCUCUAAUGUCCACGGGGUCAGGGGCUACCCCACGCUGAAGCUGUUUAAGCCAGACCAGGAGGCCAUUAAGUACCAGGGGCCCAGAGAUCUUCAGUCUCUGGAGACCUGGAUGCUGAAGACACUCCAGGAGGAGCCCUCAGAACCAGAGAGUGAGCAGGAGCCUCCUAAAGCCCCAGAGCCCAAACAGGGCAUGUAUGAGCUCACUGCUCUCAACUUUAAGGCCCACAUAGCCAAAGGUGCACAUUUUGUGAAGUUCUUUGCCCCGUGGUGUGGUCACUGCAAAGCCAUGGCUCCAACCUGGGAGCAGCUGGCCACCACCUUUGAGCACUCUGAUGACGUCAAGAUCGGAAAGGUGGACUGUACACAGCACUAUGAGGUGUGCUCUGAGAAUGGCGUACGAGGAUAUCCCACACUGCUCUUCUUCUACAAUGGACAGAAGACAGAUCAGUACAAAGGAAAAAGAGACCUGGACUCCUUCAAAGACUUUGUGGACAACCAGCUGAAGGCCGCUGUAGCUCAGGAGGAAGAGCCUGAGCCAAGCGAGGAGCAAAAAGCAAACGAGGUCCCCACUGAUGAGCCCGCCGAAGAGGAGGUAAAGUCCAGCGUGUUGGACCUCACAGAGACCAACUUCGAUGAGACAGUGGCCAAAGGCUUCACCUUCAUCAAAUUCUACGCUCCAUGGUGUGGCCACUGUAAGAACCUCGCUCCAACAUGGGAGGAUCUUUCCAAGAAGGAGUUCCCCGGCCUCACAGAUGUCAAGAUAGCCAAAGUAGACUGCACUAUUGAGCGCACGCUCUGCAACAAAUACUCUGUUCGAGGUUACCCCACCCUGAUCAUCUUCAGGGCGGGGGAGCAGGGUGACGAGCAUCAUGGCGGGCGUGACGUGGAGAGCCUGCACAGCUUUGUGAUGAAACAGGCGAGAGAUGAGCUGUAGAAGCGAGUCAGGUCAGCGCUCAACACUUCUCUACUCUUCUUGUCCACACUGCAUAUCUGGCCAGUAGGACACCACUCUCUCUCCUACAGUCGCCAAACUCUCUCUCUUUCUCUCCACUUGGGUUCUUCUCAGAAAGGAGUCAGCCAAUGACAGACUGCAGUCUGUUGCAGAAUGAUUCAGUAGAGUGUUUGGGAUGUGAAUGUUUUUUGGGUUUUAUUUCAUUGCCGUUGCCCAACCCUAAAUCUCCUAACAUGGAGAAUAUUAUGGUUGUGUCUUCAGAUGAAGUAAUAUGUCUGACAACCACUUUGCAAGCACAGCUCAAUCAAUCAGGACCAGAUUUCCUCACACAGAUAAAAUGUUUAUUAAAAUGGUAGCACUGAAGGACAGAUGUUCCAGUUUCUGCCUGUAAAAAAAAAAACAACAAAUGUUUCUGAACUUCUGCAGCCAUUUGACUUUUUUUUUUUUUUAAAAAAAAGCAAAAUUUUAUACAUGGGAUCAUGUUAAAUCACAAGCCAUCAAUGUUACGGUACUGUCAGUCAAAAAUUUGUAAUGUUUGUGUCACCCGAAUGUGAAGUUGAGUGUUAAGUUGAGGGCACUUUCUAUCCAUGCCUGUGAUGGCCUAUCUGACUUAACUCUCAGGGAAACGCCCACACAGACUUAGGAGGAGUCGUGAUGGAGGCAUCGUUGUUAUCACAGGUCUGAUCAUGGCACAUGGACUAUUUUCUCUCAGUGAUGACCCAUUUUCAGACUCCUCUGAUGUCCAUCAGCCAUCCCUCGCUACUCUUCCUAGCAUUCAGGUUCCCAGGCCUGGACCAUGUUGCUCCAUAUCUCCGUUACUGAACAUCGUUACAGCCACUACUUUCUUUGAAAUUCACCCAUAAUUUUAUCCUCAAGUGAAGUACAAAAGGUGUGAAUGUGAGGUUCUUGUGAUAUAUUUCUCAGGCCAGGCCUAUGCUCAAAAGUUUUGGGAACCAGUAAGUGGAGAAAUAAGAAUGUCAGUUCACUCUGUGUUGAGGGUAAAGCAUGCAGUUAAAGUGAAGGAUCUUUUGCACAGGAACUUCAUCUUCACUCUGGCUGUAGCACUGAACUGUCACUCACAGCUUGUUGUGAUGUUUCAUUAGAGAUUUUACAACCUUACUUCUGUGGUUGGACAUUUUUGUAACAAUACUUGUGAGGUUUGAACUUAAACCUUCACUGCAGCUCAGGGUCAGGUGGGCUAACUAACAUCUUAUCAUUGUUUUACUGUGAUUGUGAUCUACUCUUAACUUAAUGAUUGAACCAGCUGCGUCUUUUGUCCACGUAAUUCAAUUUUCCUGCUCCUGUAUACUGUUUUAAGCCAGAAACUUUAAGCACCCAGAACUGAAGACUGAAUCGGGCAUAGUUAAAACUACUGAUUUUUUUUUCUCGAUUUCUUGCUAACCACUAAGAAAAAGCAGGAUCAUUUAUUGCACCAAAAUAAACCAUAACCAGUUGGCUGCUUGCCGGUUUCCCACUCUGACUGACGAAUGGUGAAAUUGAUCAAAAUAAAAUCUUGAAUCUGCUCUAUCCUAUUAAAAUGAAAUGCAAUCGAUUAAGAAAGAAUUCUGCUCUUUUUUUCUAAAAUAAUGAGCUUAUUAUCUUAAAAUUCUGAGAAAAUUUUUCAGGAAAAAACCUGGUGUGUUUUUCAGUUAACGUUCAUUUUUCUCUAUGGAAUGUGUUACAUUCCAUAGUUUCAUGACCAUCACCCCAAAAUUCCAACUUAUGUAGGUUAACAUAUUUCAUCAGUCAGUCAAAGGCUAAUAUAACAGUAAUAUCCUGGUUCUAAUAGCAUUUGCGGUUACUUUUCAGCACAUAUUUUUGCAACUUACUGUGACUUCACCCACCUGUUACGACAUCAUGCCCAUUACACUACAGAUGCGCUUUGACCCGGGUUACGUGAAAAGUUUGUGCUGCACGAUGUAUGGCACCAUUUAUUGUCUAACCCAGGUACACAGAAACAGUCAGACACACAGCAGUGUUUUUUCCUUUUAAGUUGUCAGUAAAAGUUAUUAUGGAUAGCACAUGGUCUAAGGAACCAGUGACAGAAGUAUUUUUUUCCUUGUGAGUCAUGGGUAGUACACUACCCAUGGAUUUUGUACAAAAACAGUGAAAAAUGGCAAGUUAUAACAUGAAAUUUCAUAAUAAAUUUUUUUUCAAAAAUAA